AUGGACGAGGAAGAUGGUGGUUCAACGAAAAAAGCGUUUACCUCAAGUGGACAUGUAGAACCAGUUGAUACAACAGCCAAUUUUCAUGGUAAGUAAGCUAAAUCUAUAGAGAAAAAACUUGCUGAAAAAAACUCUCCAAGAUAUAUUUAUUUAGUGCAAAAAAAACCACCAAAAUCAAUUUUUUCGUCAUUUUUUGCGAACAUAAAGAAAAAGUAAAUACAUACAUUGCGAAACAUAUUUCUAUUCUCACAAUUCAAUAUAUUUAUAUGUAAAUAGGCAACAAUUUGUCAAAUGUUCCCUGUGUGAAAAUAUGAAAAUCGACACUAAUUUCAUCACUAUUAUUUCAGUCGAUCCUUCGAUUAUGCAUGAUCGAGGAAUACCGGGUCUUUUGCCAGCAACAAAUGCUUCGAAUUCACAAAAAGAAGCUGUUGUUCGAUUUAGAGAACACGAUAGAAGAUCGAGUCCUCCAAAUAAUAUUCCAAUUCGAAAAAGUAGCGAAAUAGUCAUUGAUGAGGUAUUAUUCUUGAAAUCAAUAUUCAAUAGUUAUUCUUUUCUUCGUUUUCAGAUAACAUCACCUCAAUCAUUGGAUUAUGGAACGGAUAGUAGUGAAUCUGAUGAUGAAAUACAAUAUUGUGAUUGUGUGGCUGCGGCUCUUCAACAAACUCUUCCUGGAACUCCAGGAAAAAAGGGAAUAAUUCCAUAUAUGAGUAUUUAUGAUACACAACAACAAGCAAGAAAACGUGGAUAUUGGAUACCUGGAGUUCCAGUAAAUGCGAAAAUUGUCAAAGUUGAAAGAAACACGGAUAGAGGAAUUCAUCUUAUCAAUACUCUUUUGUUAGUUUUAAAUUGAUCUUCAAAAAAAUAUUCUGAUUUUUGCAGAUACACGAUUGAAUUAGAGCAUGGAAAUUUUAAGUGGAGUGUGGUUCGAAAUUACAAAGAUUUCACACUUCUCAACAAUCGACUUUUGGCGCAUCGUGCAAGAGAACAAUUUAUGGCACCAAUUAAAAGGUAACGUUUUUUUUUCAAAAAAAUAAUUAUAUGUUUUAUUUAAAUGUUACCUUUGUAGAAUUCGCGGAAAAGUACAUGACGAGUAAGAAAAUGUUGUGUUGUAAAAGUUGUAUUUUUAUUUUCAAAAUCAAUGUUUCCAUGACUAUUCAUGGUUUUUUUCAGAACUCAAGAUCGAUUGGAUACAUAUUUGGAAAAUAUUGGAGUUGAUAUUGUUUCCGAUCAUAAACCAGAAUGUCCAUAUUCAAAUCAUAGUUCAAAACGAAAAAGCCGUCAUCAUCAUCACGAUGUUGAAGUAUUGAAAAGAAAUGUGGAUGAAUUGGAAAUAUCUCCAAAAAAUAAUAGCAUAGCACCGCUUGCUUCAGUCGAAUCACCAAGUUCUCCAGAAGAAGCAGUGAAACAAGAAGUUCGAAUGCAACAAGCAGUUCAAUCUGGAAUUCUUGAGGAAAAUAAUGAGUCAGAAACAUCGCCGAAACGAAGAAGAAAUCGAAAAAGAGAGAGACAUACAUUGCCAAGAUUUCCAAUGAUGCCUGAUUCAAUGGUAACAAAUUUAGAACAUCGAAAAGAACAACUUGAAAAUUGGUUGCAAAUGGUUUUGCAUAUUCCAAUCAAUCGAAAUCACCAUGAAACUGUAAGUUUUUUUAUCCAGAAAAGGAAUCUACUAGGAAAUAUUUAAUUUUUAUUUAGGCUGAGUUCCUCGAAGUUUCUCGUUAUUCAUUUGUCAAUGAAUUAGGAGGAAAACAUACUGAAGGAUUUGUGAAAAAACGACCUGGAGGUGCACGUGUUUUUCUUGGAUGGAAACAAUGUUGUGUUAGAUAUUUAUUGCCUUGGAGUAAAAGAUGGUUGAUGGUUCGAGAUUCAUUUGUUGCAUAUAUGGAUCAUAGAACUGAACAAAUUCGUAUGGUUCUUUUGAUGGAUCGAGAUUUUCGAGUUGCUGCUGGUGGAAAAGAAACUGAAGGAAUUCCAACUGGAUUGAUUAUCACAAAUACACAACAGUAAGUUGAAUAAUUACAUUCAAAUUUAUAAAACAAAUAAUUCUAGCGAAUUGCAUCUGAAAUGUCGUCGACUUCAAGACACUGCAACUUGGAAAUCAAUAAUUGAACAAUCAAUGAAUGGACUUGGAAGUGUUUGGUUGAAAGCGCAUAAAUAUAGUUCAUCAUUCCCAGUGCGAGAAAAUUGUUAUGCAAAAUGGUUUGUUGAUGCAAAAAGUUAUAUGGAAUAUGCUGCAAAUAUGAUGGAACUUGCGAGAGAAGAAAUAUUUAUUGCUGAUUGGUGGCUGAGUCCCGAAAUAUAUAUGAAAAGACCAGCAUUGGAAGGAAAUUAUUGGAGACUUGAUGAAAUUCUCAAAAGAAAAGCUGAACAAGGUGUUAAGAUUUUUGUUCUUUUAUACAAAGAAAUGGAAAUGGCACUUGGAUUGAAUAGUAUGUACACAAAGCGAACUCUUCAAAAUUUACACGAAAAUAUUAAGGUAUAUUUUCUGCAUUCAAAAAUGAUUUCGAUUGUAAACUGGUGUAAUUAUUAUAGGUUAUGAGACAUCCGGAUCAUUAUCCAUCAACUGGAACAUUUUUCUGGGCUCAUCAUGAAAAAUUAUUAGUUAUUGAUCAAGUUAUUUCAUUUGUCGGUGGAGUUGAUCUAUGUUUUGGAAGAUGGGAUGAUAAUCGACAUUUAUUGACUGAUUUAGGAUCUGUUCAAUUUUCCGGAACUCAUAAUGUUCAAACAGAUAUGACAACUGGACUUCGUGCUCUUAUGACAGCACCAUUAACAUUGUCUCCAUUAGGUUUGGAAGAACAUGAAAAAGUAACACCAAGAGAAAAUAAAAAUGGAAUUCACGUCGAAGGUUAGUUUUGAGAAUGCUACUUGGAAACAAUUAUAGAGUUGAAUUUUCAGUAAAAGAACCAGUUCCUGAAAAAGAAGAUGACGAAGAAGUUGUAUAUACUGAUAAAGAAACUGGAGGUGUUGUUGUUCGAGUUAUCAAAAAAAGUGAGUUUUCUAUCUGAACCCAUUUUUAAAGAUUUCCUAAAACCUUCGGCGGUUUUUCAUAUAUUUCUCAGAAUUCGAGUUUCACCUCGUAAUGAAAUAUUUGUUUUCAAAAUAAAAAAAAAUAUAGUUCACGUAAAAAAUUAUUUCUAAUUUCACAGAAAAAAUUAAAGUCAUUAAUUUUUCAAAUUCAUUUCCAUUUUUUUUAGAUCUGCUAAAUGAUGAAAGUGUUCGACAUUCAAGUCCACCGGAUCCUCAAAAAUCAUACAAAGAAACCACAACAGUUGUUGAAACGUCAUCAUCUGGAACUCAAAAAACAACAACAACCACAACUACAGUAAUAAAAGUGAUAAAAGAUGAAAAAGGAAAGAAAGAAGUUCGUCGAUCAGUUUCAUCUGUUGAAAAACAACGAAAACGUUUACCUCGCGAAAUUCUCGAAAAGGCUGGACCUGCUCCAACAAUGCUUGAAAAAGCACAAAAAUCGGGUCUUGAUUUUGCAUCGGCUGCCGAAAAAUAUAAAGAAUAUGUGAAUAGUGGAGCUGUGCAAAAAGAGAAACAUCGUGCUCAAACACCGCCGAAUCGAAGAAAGAAGGAUUCGAAAAUAUCGAGAGCUGUUGGAAAUUGGAAAAGUAAUCGAGCAAAAAGAAAAUGGAAACAAAUGUUGGAACACGAUGAAGCAACACUUGGAUAUGAAUUGGAUUGGUUGAGAUUAAGAGAAAUGGAAGAAGUUAAAGAUGGAAAUGAUGAUAUUGAUGGAGGAGCUAAAUUAUGGUAUGGUAAAGAUUAUGUCAAUUAUAUUGCCAAAGAUUUUGUUGAAGUUGAUAUGCCAUUUCAUGGUAAGUGUUUUUUUUAAUUUUGUAAUCAAAAAAAUUAAUUUCAAGAUUUUAUCGAUCGUGGUGCAACUCCUCGUAUGCCAUGGCAUGAUAUUCAUUCAGUUACAUUUGGUGUCCCAGCUCGAGAUGUUGCUCGUCAUUUUAUUCAACGAUGGAAUGCAACAAAAACUGAAAAACUGAAAGAUGACAAUAAUUAUCCAUAUCUUCUUCCAAAAAGUUAUGAGAAUGUUCGAGUUCCACGUGUCUUCAAAUCGGCAAAUUUCAGCGAACAAGUUAAUGUUCAGGUACUUGAAAUCAGCCGACUUUGGAUUACGGUUUUGGUUUUGGUGAUGGGCUUCAGAUUAUAACAAUGUCCUUUUUAUGUGCAAUGCUAUAUCUAAUUUCAUGUUUAAUCUGACCAAAACCAAUUCAAGGCCAAUCCAUUUUUACAGGUUCUUCAAUCGACAUUUUCAUCCGAAUUACAGGUUCUUCGAUCACUUUCAAAUUGGUCAGGUUUAAUUAAUCAAACUGAAGAUUCAAUUCAAAUGGCAUAUUUGUCUCUGAUCGCAAAUUCAAAGGUAAUUCGAAAAAUAGGUGUACAAGAAUAAUAAAAUAUUUUCUAGCAUUAUAUUUAUAUCGAAAAUCAAUUUUUCGUGUCAAUGAUUGAAUCAAAUGAUGUGACAAAUGAAGUAUGUCGAGUAAUAUAUGAUCGAGUUGUUCGAGCUUAUAAAGAAAAAGAGAAUUAUCGAGUUUAUAUAAUGAUUCCACUUUUACCUGGUUUCGAAGGAGAUGUUGGAGCACCUGGUGGAUCUUCUCUUCAAGCUGUUCUUCAUUGGACUUAUCGAUCACUUAGUCAAGGACCAAAUUCUUUAUUCCAACGGUUAAAAGCAGUUAUGCCAGACCCUUUCAAAUAUAUUCAUGUUGGAUCUCUACGAACAUAUGAUCAACUUGGACAUAAAUUAGUGAGUUUGAAUAUUGGUAUUGGGGUGAUUUGGGUAGAGAAAGAACUAUUUUGAACUGAAAUUUCGAUUCAUCAAAUGUAACAAGAAAAACAUUUUUCCAUAGAAAAAUUGAAUACGAUUAGUUUUAAUGGAAAAUAUGCAAAAAAAAAGUCUUGAUAUUUUCUGAAUCGAUUUUUGUGUGUUUUUUACUACCCUGAUUGCCCCAUUCUUGCAAUAUUUCGAAAUAUUCAAUUUUUCCAGGUCUCUGAACUCAUUUAUAUUCACUGUAAAUUAUUGAUUGUUGACGAUGAAAGUGUUAUCAUUGGUUCGGCAAAUAUUAAUGACAGAUCACAGGUUGGAUUUUUUCGUAAUAUUUAUUCAGUUUCAAAAAAUAAUUUUUUAAAUUGAAUUUACUUGAAAAAGCAAAUGUAAACAGCGAAUAGAAUUCCGGGAAUCCAGAAAAAUAUACAAAGAAUCAAAUCGAUGAUCACAUUUGUGUCGCAUUGUUUUGUGUGCCACCAAAUUGCGAGUGGCUGAAAAUAUUGUUUUUUUUUAAUUGUUUCAAAAAAUUUUCUAUUAUCAUUUUUGAAUAUUUUACUUACUGGAAGUAAAAUGCAGAGAAUAAUUUCAAGAAUUGCGUCCGCGUCAAGACCCAUUAUUUCUGAAAUUAGAUUGAAUUAUUUUCGGAAAAAAGUAGAAUGUAAAAUGAAAAAAAAAAUAAGUCGAUUGUUUGAAUUUUGAGGAAAACUAAAAGUGUGAUAAGAUAAUAUUUGUUUGUUGUAUAGUCGAAACCCGCCUUGUUUGCAUACUUAGUCAUUUGACACUUUUCUCAAGAAUGAUUCAUAGAAAAAAACCUUGAUAUUUUUUACAGUGUGGAAAUCGAGAUUCUGAAGUAUGUUGUUUAUACACGGAUAUUGUAAAAGAGAAAUCGGUAAUGGAUGGAAAACCAUAUGAAGCUGGAAGAUUUGCAAAAAGUUUGAGACUUCAAUGUAUGAAAGAGCAUCUUGGAUUAUUGUCAGAUUCGAGAAGAAAAGCCAAAUUUCCAUAUUUGGUUUCUUGUGAUGAUCCAGUUUCGGAUAGUUUCUUUGUUGAUGUUUGGCAAGCAACUGCAAAGAGUAAUUCAACGAUUUAUGAAGAGGUAAUUUUUUUUUUGAAAAAUAUAUGUGGAAUAUACAGGUUGUAGUCAACAACUACAAAAAACUUAUUUUUGAAACUCAUUUUUCUUAUAAAUUUUCAAAUAUAUUUUUUUGCAGGUUUUCCGCUCAUUCCCGACGGAUAAUGUUGAAACAUUUGAAGAGUUCCAAAAAUGGACUGCUCAAAUCCCAAUGUCUGAAUAUGCUCCUCAACAAGCUGAAGAAAGAGUUCGAGAUCUUCGCGGAACUCUUGUCGAUUUUUCAUUGAAUUUCUUGAACAAAGCUGUUCUUACACCAGGAAUUACCUCAAAAGAAGGACUUGUUCCAAGUGCCGUAUUUACCUAG